AUCAUUAGUCGUUAGUCACUAGGAUUAGGUAUUUGUUUCUCUCUCUAACACGACUCUCUCCUGAACCCCUCGAAGCUUCUCUCUCUCUCUCUCUCUCUCUCUCUCUCUGGUUUUGUGUGAGAGAGAGCAAUGGCGGCUACCACCCUAAUGUCCAACUUGAGAUACUCGGACAGCCUAACGGUGGUGGGGAUAUCGGUGUGCACGGCGGUGGUGUGCGAGGCGAUAUCGUGGCUUUUGAUCUACCGGACGGCGUCCUACAAGUCGCUCAAGUCCUCCAUCGACAAAGCCUCCAAGAAGCUCGAGACCAUGAAGACCACCACAACGGCCACCGCCGACUACUCCAAACGAUCCAAGUCCAAGAAGAUCGACCGCUUCGAGUCCAGCCUCAAGGAGUCCACCCGCGACCUCUCCCUUUUCAAGUUCAAGUCCGGCUUCGUUGUCGCCUUCGUCCUCUUCGUCGUUUUCGGCCUCCUUAACUCUCUCUUCGAAGGCAAACCUGUCGCCAAGCUUCCUUUUGUUCCCGCCAGACUCAUCCAGAAGAUGAGCCAUAGGGGCCUCUCAGGCGAUGAUCCCACGGAUUGUUCCAUGGCCUUUCUGUACUUUCUCUGCUCCAUCAGUAUUCGCACCAAUUUACAGAAAUUCUUGGGGUUCUCGCCCCCCAGAGGCGCUGCUGGGGCCGGCCUCUUCCCCAUGCCCGAUCCCAAGACCAAUUGAUCCAUCCGAAGCAGUUUGAUCAAUUGGGUACUCUUAAUUUUUCGUGCUUUAUUAUUUUUUGUUUAAGAUCAAAUAACUAGAGGAACUGACUUCGCUUAUUCUAGCUACAUAUUUGUGGGUCCUCUUAAUGACGAUUUGAAUUGAUUCCAAUUUGAAUGUAACUUGAUGGAUCUAUCUGGUCUUCGAUCUUAUCUAUACGCGAACGAACUUCUUGCUUUCAAAAUUCA